AAAAAACUGGAAGUUCCCUCUUACGUAUUAGUAAUACAUCCUUAGUUCGAACAGUCUCUUUAUGAUUGGCAGGACAUAGCGAUAAUAACGACCGGGAUUCAUUCCCAUCUCUCUCUCAUUUCGCAAGAGAUGUGUUUGGUCUGCUGCUAGGAUGGGACAGUCAUUCUUCCUGUUGCCUACCUAGGUAUCUUAUCAAAGUAUAUGGUAUGCUUGGUUACAACCUCGGGGUUCUCUUAUACACCAUUUUCUUAUACGCGAUAGAGCGUGGCUCUUGUUAAUCUUGUCUUGAAGUUGAGGUGGCUCUUCAGCCCGACAUGUUAAUCAAACCGCUUGAUCUGAAGCAACAAUACCAUUACAAAUUUCACAUAUAAAACAAAGGUUCUACUUCGUAUCAGGACAACCUAAUUCCCCACAUUACUACCUAUCGACUCGAAUCCCGACCGUAAGAUUUUGAGAUUUCUACCGUUCAGGCUCAGCAAUACACACUAAAGUAUCAACACAAAGUGGCGGAGAGAAGGAAUUAAUAGGGGAGAAGGAUAUAGUUUUAAGGGUUUGGGUUGAAUUGUUCCCGCUGUCGAUAUAUCGUCUAUAUUCUGGUCCUCGAAGUGGCGCGUAUACCCGAGAAGCCAUAGUGGCUUGAGGCCGAAGCGCAUCCCCAAAUACAUACGGCUCUCCCGUUCCGUGUUCACCUGCCGACGCACCGCCGAGUCUUAGCUACUGUUCCGUGCCGUUUGAUAUUGUCUUAGAUUAUGUCGACUUCGACCGGCGAGACCCCUGGCGCCGUGGCAAACGACGCCGGGUCUCAAGGUACUGAUAAUAGUCCAACCACCGACACGAGCCCGCCGGCCGCGCCCCAAAGCCAGAACAAUGGUAAUGUUCCCAGGCCAAAGCGGUUGGCGUGCAUGAUAUGUCGAAAACGCAAGCUCAGAUGCGAUGGCGUAAAACCGAGCUGUAGCACAUGUACGAGGUUAGGACACGCUUGCGCUUAUGAUGAAGUGAGACGAAAGAGCGGUCCGAAGAGGGGAUAUGUGAAGGCUCUAGAAGAGAGACUGAAGCAAGUCGAGACGCUCCUGAAUAAAAAAGAGCCAUCUUUUACCGUCGGGAUUGAUACAAACAAAUCACCAAACGUCACCUACGACCAACCGAACCACAAUCAACGAACCGCUCCGACGCCCAGUUUUAAUGUCCCAACUCCUCAAAUGAAUAUGUCCAGGGAUCGUGAUAUGGACCAAUGGCAUUUCAACGCGGACUCGCCACAAGCCGCUACUGGUUUAGAUGAAUUUAACUUUGGCGAAAAUAUGAACAUGAAUGGUGUCGACAACAGUUUUCAGUGGGAGAUGAUCGGCCUUGGACUGGAAGAACCUCUCCCAUCACAGGAGACGAUCGAUGAACUGCAUCAAAUAUACUUCGAUAAGAUUCAUCCGUCGUUGCCUAUGAUUCAUAAAUUCCGAUACCUAGCAGCAAUGAAUUUGGCUCCGAACCAACGUCCGCCUGUUGCUCUACGUUAUGCGAUUUGGACCCAAGCAUGCGCUGUAGCAGACAAGUUCGCGGAUUUAAAGGACCUUUUUUAUCAGCGCGCUCGUAAGUAUAUUGAGGCAGAUUACGUUAAAGGCUACGGCGAGCACAUGAUUUCAGUAGCUCAUGCUCAAACUCACGUGCUACUUGCUUCGUAUGAAUUUAAGAUGAUGUAUUUUCCGAGGGCCUGGAUGAGCACAGGUGCCGCUGUGCGCCUAUGUCAGAUGAUCGGACUGCAUAGACUUGACGGAUCAGGCCUUGAUGUGAAGCAAUGCCUCCCACCCCCUCGGGACUGGACGGAGCGUGAGGAGAGGCGACGGACAUUUUGGAUGGCCUUCUCUCAAGAUCGGUACGCAAGUAUCGGCACUGGUUGGCCCAUGACGAUUGAUGAACGAGAUAUCAUGACCAAUUUGCCAUCUUCGGAGGAGGCGUUCGAAAUGAGUCGACCAGAGCAAAUGCAAUCGCUUUCGGACGCGAUGUGCGCAGCUGGAGCCGCCAAGCUUUCAUCCUUCGGAGGCAUUGUAUUAAUGGCCUGCUUGUUUGGCCGCAACCUCGUCCAUCUUCAUCGGCCAGAUGCUGACGAUCGUGAUCACGACCUCAAUGGGGAAUUUUGGAAGCGACAUAGGAACAUGGACAACAUUCUGCUUAACACCUCUCUUUGCCUGCCAAACCACCUCAAACUUCCCACCGGUCUUUCUAACCCCAACAUCGUAUUUACUAAUAUGAAUAUCCAUACCUCGACGAUAUGCCUUCACCAAGCCGCUAUAUUUAAGGCAGACAGGAAUAAACUUUCCCCGUCUGUCAGUGCAGAAAGCAAAAUCCGAUGCAUCACGGCUGCGAAUGAAAUUGCUAGUAUCAUGAGGAUGGUGUCUCACUUGGAUUUGUGCGCUAUGAACCCGUUCAUAUCUUUCUGUUUAUAUGUUGCCGCAAGGGUAUUCGUCCAAUACUUAAAGAGUCGGCCAGACGACAGUCAAACAGCAGAUUCGCUGCGGUUCCUUCUUGCUGCUAUGAACGCAUUGAAGAGGAAGAAUCCCUUGACCGAAUCAUUUUUAGUGCAAUUAGAUGUCGACCUUGAAGCAUUAGGAACGCGGAUACCUAAGCUCAAGUCUGCCUUCCCGAGGAAUACAGAUAGCCCUGGCUCUGGUGUGAAGCUCCCAAAAAUGCAUUACCGGAAAAACGACAAAAGAGGUGGUCACUGCCCAUCAGACCCCGAGUCAGGGGGUGGUGGUCUCCUCGCUUACCGCCACGCAAACGUGGGCAACGAUAACCUGCCAAAUACUUCGAAUAAUAUUCAAUCCGAAAACCUGCAUCCAAUAAACGGUAGACCGUUGGUGAACGAAUUCGCGGGCCAAAACUGGCUUGCAGGAGAGCAAAACCCAUCUGCUUGCGAUCAGAGUGCUAGUAACAAUACAUGCAAUCAUGCGACAAUUCCGCCUAAUUUGUUCCCGGGUUUUGUAGAAGGUACCGGAAGUGAUUCGAACGAUAUGUCGGCAUCAUCAAAUACAGACGGGCCAUCGAACAGGCCCACACCAAACUCGAGUAGCGCCUCGGACAAUCGCCAAAGCAUGGCAGGGCCUGGUCAGAUGGCAAACUCAAGUGGCAGGACAUCCUUCGAUACUAGUCCUAUCAUGUCUCACCAGAGUCUAGGGCCACAAGCUGAGAUAGAUGCAACUACAGCUGCUUUCUUCCAGAUGGGUGGUGGCACAGGUAUGACUCCAGACCAGACGUUUGGCACAGCAGAAAGUUCGGGGCACGGUUUCACACUCCCAGAUAAUUGGGCCGGGCAAAAUGACAUGACACCGGUAGCCGAGGGAGUUUUUCAGCAUUUAUUAGAUGUGCGGAUGGAGUUGGGGUGGGAUUCAAACACAUGAAGCUGCCAAAAGGAUUAUUGGCUAACCAAAAGCUCGGCCAUGCUCUCGAUGUAAGCUGAAGAGGGAUAAGAGGGAUAAGACGGCAUUGGGUAGGUAAUGUACAGGGUUUGCCGCCGGACUAGGCGGUUCUAUUACGACUUGGGACAUAUUGGGGCGUUCUAGGUGUUGCACGCGCAAUAUCGACAAGGAGGUUUAUGUUCAUUUGGAACUUGUAUAGUAGCCUGCCAUGACGCGACGCACGGAGGGUUGGAUUUUUCUAAUGCGUCGAUUACGAAAAGGAAACCCUUACCUCACUUGCUCAUAUAUACUCCAUUCAUAUAUC